UCAAGAAAAUUAGAAAGAAGCAGAAUAUCCAAAAAUCAAUUCCAUUUCUAGGGUUUUUCUUUUCCAUCCUUCCACAUGAUAUAAAUAUCACACGUUAACUAAACGAUAUCUUUCUCCCCUUUAGGUCUGCUAGUCGCCUCUAUUUCUCCUACUGUCUCUCUUCUACUCUCUUCACUUCAUUAUCAAUGGCUGUCUUUUCUGAUCUCCAUACUGAAUCAGGCCUCAAGGCUCUCGAUGCCUUUCUCGCCGGAAAAUCUUAUAUUUCUGGGGAUCAUCUGUCAAAGGAUGAUAUAAAGGUAUACGCUGCCGUUGUGGGGAAGCCUGGAGAUGCUUUCCCCAAUGCCAGCAAGUGGUAUGCUUCUGUAGAUUCACUUCUUGCCAAAAGUUUCCCUGGAAAAUCUGUUGGGGUAAGAAUUGGUGGCAGAGGUGCUGAUCCAGUUGAAGCUGCUGCCCCUGCUAAGGCUGAUGCAUCUGCUGGAGAUGACGACGAUGACUUGGAUCUCUUUGGUGAUGAGACUGAGGAGGACAAGAAGGCAGCAGAGGAGAGGGCAGCUAAAAAGGAAUCCUCCAAGAAGAAAGAGAGUGGAAAAUCUUCUGUUCUUCUGGAUGUGAAGCCUUGGGAUGAUGAGACAGAUAUGAAGAAGUUAGAGGAGGCAGUUCGAAGUAUAGAGAUGCCUGGUCUACUGUGGGGAGCAUCAAAACUUGUUCCAGUUGGUUAUGGCAUCAAGAAAUUGCAGAUCAUGCUCACCAUUGUUGAUGACCUUGUUUCCGUUGAUUCUCUCAUAGAGGAACAUCUGACAGUUGAGCCUUGCAACGAAUAUAUUCAGAGCUGUGACAUUGUUGCCUUCAACAAAAUAUAAGCAAAAUACUUAUAUGCUACUGAUUCUAGUGUUAGCCAUUUUGGCAACUUAGUAUUUUUGGUCUGUGAUUUCUUUCUUUC